UUAGACAAUCCAAAUACAGGUUAAAGGGCGUGCUGCAUGAUAAAAAAAAAAACAACAACAAAAAAACUACAUGCACAACUAUUAAAUGUCACGCAUUGUGAACAUAUGAUGGGUACGAUGGCACAGUUUCAUGUUGUCGUCUCGUCAAUCUUUUCGUCACGUUGAAGUCAUCGAAGACGUUUUGGCUCGUCAUCGUGACCUCAUCGUCAUGAAAAAAAUGUUCGUUAACGUAAUGUUUUCGUUGUCCUCAUCGUUGACGAAAACAACACUGUUUGAUACCUGAAAGUACUUCCAAACCGCGGACAUGCUGGCUCUGAGCCAGGCGUUUUUGCAAGACGGCGUCAGUUAGCAUGUUGCUUCUCGCUGUUUUAAUGACAUCAUCACAAUAGGACUAAGGUUCUCCACACGAUUCAAUGGUAAACUUUCGGUCUUCAAAACAUUUCAACCAAAAUUGCAUCUUUAGCUGUUUCUGGCCGAUAGUUUUCAGCGCCGAAUUUUUCAAGAGAGUCUGGCUGCAGCCCGCCUGUCUCAGUACCCAGCGCCGCUCGUCUCGGUACCAAUCCCGCAGACAGGAAAUGACGCAAUAUCGCAGCUCUCAGUCACCUCAGACCGGAAAUGACAACAUAAAGCGGCGCUCGAGCUCUGAGCUUCCGGUUUUAUCGUUGCAAUAGUUAGCGUCCAUUCGAACGUAAAUACUAGUUUACUUUUCGCACGUAUUUUAUUUUUGGUUUCAGCAUCACUCAUUAUUAUUUAAAUAAUAUUUUAUUUCCAUACUUGAAUUGCUUCGGUGAAAUCGGGAGAUAAACUCUUUAACCGUGCGCAGCCAGUUUGUUAAAGCGUGCUAAUUUUACCAAAAUGAAAAAGUUACAGUACAUCAAAUUUAAAAUACACAUUACUGCAAUAAAGGUUUAAUUAGUGACUAUAAGAUCGUCUCUCACCUAUCACAGUGUGUACUUUAGUUUGUCAAGUGUAAAAUUUAUUCCUGUUGUGAAUUACUAGAAAUUGCUGUCAUCGUCACAUUUUUAUGAACUGACUCAUUAAUAUAGCUUCAUUACAAUUUAAUGUAUCAAAAAAGUAAUAUUCUCUAUGGUGCAACCAAACCAAUUUUCUUGUCUUACAUUUCACUACUUAAAUUCAUUCAUGUGGGUGCUCACUCUUCAGGAUCCUAAUUAACUAAUUCAGAAACUAUAUUAACCCUUUAACACCUAAGCCUAUUUUGGUCGAAUUUGCAUGCAUUUGGUGUUGCCUUUGUAUUUCAAAGAAAAAAAUGUUCACAAUGGCCAAGUUGGGUCCCUUUUUUAAGGACACCUUGAACUUCAUGUCCAAACUGUUGUUUUCUUCACUGACCAAUUAUAAUCCACAUUUUGGACCCAAAAAGACAAAUAAAUCCCAAAAUAUUUUUUCAAAAUUUGUAAUGUUGAUGUCCCAUUGACAACCAAACAUGCUCGACCAACCGUUUUGAAGCUUAUAUUUAUUCAACUUGUUAGGAUAAACAUUCAAUAUAAAAAAAUAGGAUUGAAUAGUUUUAUGUUUGACAAUUCAACACAAACAGCAAGUAUGGUCAUAGGCGUUUUUGGCCUUUACACUUACUAUGGUCAAAACAGGUUAUAUACAGUGCAAAAUAGUGAGAGAGAAAAAAAAAAAUCAUCCAACACAAAAAGGGUUUAGAGGAUAUCUCUUUGUGAAGUUAGGUAUUAUACCCAUCACUUUAUCUAAAGUAUAUACGUACAUGCAAUCAAGCUUCUCGAACACUCAUCUUUAUAAAAAUUGAAAAGAUUAUAGUGAAGAAAAAAUAUAUACAACAUUGAAAAAAACGUAUUUUCAAAAAUAUUGACAAGUAGUUCAGUUCAAUUCAAAUUUUUCUGGCAUACGACCCAAUAUUUAUUUUUUUUUUUUAAAUUUUUUUGCGCACUCAAUAAAGCUUCUGCAUGAACAGAUCACGGAGCUGCGUCACACACAACGUCACACAGCCUACUCUUUCGCCGUUUGCGGCUUUGCGCGCUGCUGUCACUUCUACUCGCCGAGACGCCGACUCAUCCCAGGAAAACAACGACAAAUACGGCUCAUCUUCUUCCUUGAGUUAAUGAAAUAAUGCAUUAGCUUGCGCUAAAUUUAGUUUUAGAUUCGUUCUGCACGUUUCAAAUUCGCUCGUCCAAUCCAACCGGUACAACACCGGCCGUUGCUUGCUUCGCAUGCCCUCCUUUUCCUGAGUUGGUGCCUCGCUCGGAAAUUUAUUAAAAAUGUCCACAUUCGCUUCAUCCUUGUUGACAUCACAACGGCUGUUGUCUGUUGUUGUUGCUGCUUUCGGUUUUGAAAAAGGACAAGAAAUGAUGGAAAUAUGGAGAUAGAUACAUGGUCCAUGCAGCGUUUUAAUGCAUAUUUAUGAGUGCACUAAAACUAUAAAACUCAAAUGACAUUAUCUCCCGUUUUUCUUGGUCGAUUGACUUCAAAUGAAAACUGGUGUGGACAUCAACUUCCGCACUUUCAAAUGAGACCAACCAGUGGCACGUGGGUGACGUAAUUACAGCGUGACGAAGCUUCAAAGACGACAUGCGUAAACGCGUCGCUGCCGACACGUUCGGUGUUAAAGGGUUAAGGACUUUCUGCUCCAGAUGGUUGAAACAGAAGUUGAAUGGCUCCAAGACAUUGUCGUCCGAGCUCAUCCUCUUCCAUCGGCAGGAAGCUUGAGAACUCCUACUGCAUUGAUUUUUUUUUUUUCCCCUAACCCUGUCUGUUUUCCGAAAUUUCCAGGUUCGGGGUGAAUCGGUAACAGGCACACUUUUGCUCAAUAGACUAUGUUUAUUGAUUAGAAAAUGCAGAAUAAGUGAGAUUUAUUGAUUACAAUCCCACAAGAGCAAGCAAACAAUUAUCAACAAAUGUCAAAGAUGACGCUAGACUUGAGCUUGUCAAUCUCUUAAUCCCCGCGUUACGUUACAGCACAACUAGUUGUCCCUUAGAAAUGAAAAUUGCUUACCGUGACAAACGAGUGGGAAGCCAACAACACUCCAGUAAAGCGGCAAAAGGACAAAGGCCAGGCGAUCCGUACACGACCCGCUGGUAGACCUCACGGGUCGCCCGGAAGUGUCCAAUUUUGUAAGGACGCACCCCUCGGAGGUGGAGAGGCCAACUUCCGCCCCCGAGCGGGGCAGCCCCGUCCAGUCACAAACAUUUAAGCUACUUUUGGUUCAGCCCCCUUGAAAAUGGGCUUUUCACAUGGGACAAAUGAGCUGUGCUGCAACAGAUGCCAACAAAUGGUAAAUAUUAUGGGUGGAAAACAAGUUAUGUCUAUGGGACCCAGGCGUGUAACUAUGGGACCCAGGCAUGUCCAAACAAGUUAUCUCGUGAGAUUCUCAAGCGCGUCUCCUAACUAUGGGAACAAGGUGAAAAACAAUAGAAGUUGUUACAAUCUAUGUCACAGAAGCAAUCAUACCUCACAAAAGCAUAAUGUAAUAUUUUCCCCUAUCACUGUCCCAGGCUUUUGUGCUGUCUUGCACAAUCCUUUCACCAAAACUUCUUUGGAAAAGAGAAAGAAAAGAGCUAUUUGAAUGUUACUUAAGUAAAAUAAAAAUGAUGCUUUGUCAAUUUUAUUCUUGAUUUUAAACUAGGUAUAUAAACAAUCUUACCUUUUUUUUCCCUGCCAUAUCUUCUUGCAGUGGGCCACCAUUAACUUGAAGGAGCUGUGGUUGCACCUCUUCCUAAAAAAUAAUUGUAAGUCAAUUAAGGGGGGGAUGUUCAAAAGUGCUUCAGAGAAAUGCACACUACAAAGUCUUUAAAAGCUGACCUCAGCAAUUUUCUCCAAAUUUCACUUCUUCAACUGAUAGACUGGUGGCACUUCAACCUGGAGUGAUGCUUUUGCCUUAUCUGUCCAAUGGCCAUACUUUCUCCUGUGGCUCACGUUUCAGAAAAUAUCUGGAUGCUGAGCCAGAAUCUCCUGGCAUUAAAGAGGAUGUGGAGCUCCCCCAAAUCAAAGAGGAGGAGGAGCCUGAGCCCUGUCAACAGAAGGAGAGAGAAGAGCACCUUCCAAUCAAAAAGGAGGAGGAGGAGCUGCGAUAUGGUAAAGAGGAGGUAGACGAGGUGCAUAUCACCAGGUUGACUGGUGAGCCCUUGAAGAGUGAAGAUGGUCCAAGUGAAGGCAGCAGAGGGGCGGAGCCUCCAAGCGACAGCAGCUCAACAGAAAGAUUUCAAGCAGACAUUGACAUCGCUCCAUCAGACAGAGAUGGCGCCAAGUCACACUUACCUUACAAUGAUAAUGGUCAUAAGACAUCUCACGGUGACGACAAUUUCUGGAAAUGCUCUCAGUGUGGAAAAACCUUUGCUAAUAAGUAUAAUUGUCAGAGGCAUAUGAGGAGCCACACUGGUAAAAAGCCUUUUUCCUGCUCAGUUUGUAGUCAAGAAUUUGCUCUUAAGCAAAAUUUACAAAGUCACGAAAGAACCCACACUGGCGAAAAACCUUUUUCCUGCUCAGUUUGUGGAAAAGGAUUCCCUUCAAAGAGAGAACUAAUAAUUCACACAAGAACCCACACUGGUGAAAAACCUUUUUCCUGUUCAGUUUGUGAUCAACGAUUCAGCCACAAGAACACCUUAAAACUACACACAAGAACCCACACUGGCGAAAAACCUUUUUCCUGCUCGCUUUGUGAUCAAAGAUUUGCUCUGAAGCAACGCUUAAAACAUCACACAAGAACCCACACUGGCGAAAAACCUUUUUCUUGCUUAGUUUGUGAUCAAAGAUUCAGCCACAAGAACACCUUAAAACGACAUACAAGAACCCACACUGGUGAAAAACCUUUUUCCUGCCCAGUUUGUGAUCAACGAUUCAGCCACAAGAACACCUUAAAACUACACACAAGCACCCACACUGGCGAAAAACCUUUUUCCUGCUCGCUUUGUGAUCAAAGAUUUGCUCUGAAGCAACACUUAAAACAACACACAAAAACCCACACUGGCGAAAAACCUUUUUCCUGCUCAGUUUGUGGUCAAAAAUUCGCUCAAAAGAAAUACUUACAAAGUCACCAAAGAAUCCACACUGGAGAAAAACCUUUUCCCUGUUCAGUUUGUGGUCAAAGAUUCGCUCGGCAGCAACACUUAAAACAACACACAAGAACACACACUGGCGAAAGACCUUUUUCCUGCACAGUUUGUGGUCAAGGAUUCGCUCUGAAGCAACGCUUAAAACAACACACAAGAACCCACACUGGCGAGAAACCUUUUUCCUGCUCAGUUUGUGGUGAAAGAUUCACAGAAAAAAAUAGCGUAAAAAUACACAGAAGAAUCCACACUGGAGAAAAACCUUUUUCCUGCUCAGUUUGUGGAAAGAGUUUUGUUCAUAAGGGAUACUUAACAAAACACACGAGAAUCCACACUGGACAAAAACCUUUUUCCUGCUCAGUUUGUGGGAAACGUUUUAUUCAGUCGGGAGAAUUAACAGCACAUACAAAAACCCACACUGGCGAAAAACCUUUUUCCUGCUCAGUUUGUGAUCAAAGAUUUGCUCAGAAGCAAACCUUAAAACAACACACAAGAACCCACACUGGCGAAAAACCUUUUUCCUGCUCAGUUUGUGAUCAAAGAUUCAGUCAAAAGCGAUACUUGAGAACACAUACAAGAAGUCACACUGGUGAAAAGCCUUUUUCCUGCUCGGUUUGUGGUCAUGGGUUCACUCAAAAGCAAAACUUACAAAUACACACAAAAAAUCACACUGGUGAAAAACCUUUUUCCUGCUCAGUUUGUGAUCAAAGAUUUGCUCAAAAGCAAACCUUAAAAAAACAUACAAGAACCCACACUGGCGAAAAACCUUUUUCCUGCUCAGUUUGUAGUCAAGGAUUCACACAUAAAGAAACCUUACAAACUCACGAAAGAACCCACACUGGUGAAAAACCUUUUUCCUGCGCUGUUUGUGCUCAAAGAUUCGCUCGGAAGGAUCAGAUAAAGAGACACGUGUGUGUUGGUGCGGGAAGCAGUGGCAAAUGACUGUUUUGCCUGUCAUCCAUGCUGGCUUCAUGAGAUUUUGACCGCCGGACGAUUGUAUUCCGUUGAACUUUCUUAAAUCCUGUUGAGGAUUGGCACUUUUGGUGCCUUGCUUUGUCCAAUCGUUGUAUGAUGUGCAUCCCCCCUAUUGCCAAAACCUCACUUGAUUGAACUCUCUCAAGUUGAGUAGCAUUUUUUUAAUAUAAUAAUCUCCCUUUAAAACGAUACUUUUAACCUUUAUUAUUUGAAACGGCAGACCUCAAAUUCCAAAAAUUCAAAAUCAUUCAUCAAUACUGUCACUAAAUAAAUAUGGAAAAUUGAUAUAUUGUUCAAUGUUGCAAAAUAAUAAUAAAAGAAAUACUGGCUCACAAAUUUUGUUGUUGUUGUGGGAUUAAUGUUUGUUUCAUUUUUAAGAAUUACUAUUGCACUCCUACUUGUGAUUGACAGAGGCAUGUUACAACAGAGUAUGAGAGCCUAAUAAAGAAAAAUGGUAUAGGGGAGGAAAAAAAAGUUUUGGUGUAUAAUUUUUGUUAAAAAUUAAUACAGUAAUUUACCGAAUAUAACGCGCACUUUUUUCCCCCAAAAUCAACUUGUAAAAUCAUGGUGCGCAUUAUAAACGGGUACAUGGAUGGAGACAGAAAUAUAUAUACAUAUUACAUAUAUAUAUAAACCGAUUUUUUUUUUUUUAUUGACAUGGCCACGUUGUGUUGAAGAAACGUAUGCGGCGACCCGUUGCCGACCAUUACGGUACAUGACGUCACCAUUUUGUUUCGGUAAUACUUCACUCUAAUCGGCCGAAUGAUUUCGUCUGUGUUAAAUUCUGCUUUUUUUCACUCAUCAUAAAGCACAGAUUUUAGUUUUUUGAACUCAUUUGAGUCAACGUUUAUUGCAGCUCCGCAACUCGGACCAUAACAAACGUAAGCACACAGACUUCUUGUGUCCGUCACCUAUGUCUGUCCCUCGGGAAACUCAAACCCAAAUAACAAUAGUUCCUAUUGUUACUGUGUCGACAGCGAUGAGCUCUUGCAGAUUUCCGACUUACGUUCUUACUUUCAUUUUACCGUAUCAAUCCAUGGAAGAAACAUUUAUUCAUCAUGAUGAAACGAGCAAGUUUUACAGCAGCCUUUAAAAGAAAAGUCUGUUUUGUUUUCCCCUAGAUUCUGGUAAGUUGGAGAAGUUGUCAAAUCAUUUUAUUACCAUAAAUAUUGUCAGUUUAUGGUAAUGUUUUGAACUACCAAUGUGCUAUGCUUGUGCUGUUUCACCAGUCAGUAAAAUGACAUUUCUGUAUCUGUACACGAGCUGUUUUCUUGUAUUCUUCUAUUUAUUGGUGCUAAAAUUCGGGUGCGCGUUAUAAAAGGGUACAAUAAUUUCCUCUAGAUUUUACAAGUAAAUUUGGGGUGCACCUUUAAUUACGGUAUGGACUGUAAUACACAAAACACACAACAAUUUGUGUAUUUAACUUUAGACUCGAAAUUUACGUUGAAAAUGUUUUUUUUUUUGUUAAUAACAUGGGCACCACCUGACACAUUGCUUGCGACAAGGGUCACGUUGAAUAAGGCGCUAUUGGAAAGGAAAAGUUCACUGUUGACAGAGGAGGCGUUACCAUGGCGCAGAAAC